CCAGUCUUGCACAGGUGUACCGGCUCCUCCCCCCAGUCUUGCACAGCUGUACCAGCUCCUCCCCUCCAGUCUUCACAGGUGUACCUGCUCCUCCCCUCCAGUUUUGCACAGGUGUACCGGUUCUUCCCCUCCAGUCUUGCACAGGUGUACCGGCUCCUCCCCUCCAGUCUUGCACAGGUGUACCGGCUCCUCCCCUCCAGUCUUGCACAGGUGUACCGGCUCCUCCCCUCCAGUCUUGCACAGGUGUACCGGCUCCUCCCCUUCAGUCUUGCACAGGUGUACCGGCUCCUCCCCUCCAGUCUUGCACAGGUGUACCGGCUCCUCCCCUUCAGUCUUGCACAGGUGUACCGGCUCCUCCCCUUCAGUCUUGCACAGGUGUACCGGCUCCUCCCCUUCAGUCUUGCACAGGUGUACCGGCUCCUCCCCUUCAGUCUUGCACAGGUGUACCGGCUCCUCCCCUUCAGUCUUGCACAGGUGUACCGGCUCCUCCCCUUCAGUCUUGCACAGGUGUACCGGCUCCUCCCCUCCAGGCUUGCACAGGUGUACCGGCUCCUCCCCUUCAGGCUUGCACAGGUGUACCGGCUCCUCCCCUUCAGGCUUGCACAGGUGUACCGGCUCCUCCCCUUCAGGCUUGCACAGGUGUACCUGCUCCUCCCCUUCAGGCUUGCACAGGUGUACCGGCUCCUCCCCUCCAGUCUUGUACAGGUGUACCGGCUCCUCCCCUCCAGUCUU